AUGUCGUCGACAGAGGAAACCUUGUCUGCAGCCGGCGCUGCGCCCGGGGCCCAGGAACCGUCAUCGACCCCAGAAAUGUGUGCCGUCAAGGAGGCUGUGCCAGCGGCACCAUCACCGCAACAGGCAACACUGGCUGCAACGGGCAGAGCUAGCACGCAAGACAGAGUCUCAGUCCAUCAAGGCCAGCAGCAGCAGCCGCCGCCGGUGAAGCUGGUCAGGCAAAAGGACGGGCAGUGGGCGCUCGCCCGGGACGGGAGGCUGAUCAACAACCUCUCGCGGGCCGUGGGCUUCAUGGAGCUCGCCAACGCGGGCGACUUUGCCGCCAACGUGUGGAACGACGUGCCCGUGCCCGUCUACGCCGUCGUCUUCAUGGCCAUUGGCGGCACCGUCGCGGGCUUCCUGUCCAUCUUUGCCUUCCGGGACGCCAGGCGCGCCUGCUGCAACGUCCGCUACCUGCGGAGGCAGAGGCUGCUGCUGCUCGAGGAGAAGAGGCGGCUCGCGGCGCGGUGCGAGUCGACGCUCGAGACGGACAUCAUCCUGGCCAUCAACUUUCGCGAGCUGGGCACCGAGCUCGUGACGCGAUGGAUCAUGGACCUGCUCAUGGGCUUUGGCGCCAUCCUCAUCUCCGUCGGCACCUACAUGGCCAUUGGCGGCGCGAAUCCCUCCGUCUUCCUCGCGUCCAACCUGCUGUCUGGCUACGUCGGCAACACGCCCAUUGCCCUCUUUGGCCUCUGCAACUCGUUGUGGGCUGCCUUCAUCUUCGCCAAGGCCCAGCGGCACAUCAGCGCGUCGCGCAAACUGCUCGGCGCCUGCACCGCAUCGGCCCUCGUCAAGCGAAGAGCGCGCAAGGUCCAGGUGUUUUCCGUCAUCAACGGCACGGCCACCAUCCUCGGCGGCGUGGGCUCCAUGAUUACGGCCACGCGGUGGUGGGGAUACGUCAUCCUGAUUCCCGUCAUCAUAUCCUCCGUCUUCUGCAACAUUUGGUGGCGACGCAUGAUUGGAUACACGCGAUCCGAGGGCCAUCCCGCCAUGGUCCGGGACGAACUCAUCUACGCCCUCGAGUUCGCCGCCGCGUCCGAGGUCAAGAGCCUCGAGGACCCCGAGGCCCCCCCGGCGUGGUGCGCCGAGCUGCCGGACUCACUCGGGGACAUGCUUCGUUUCUUGACGCGCCACUCCCUCAUUCACCAGUACUGCGCCGACGUGAUUGCCAAUCCGCAAAUCUGCCAGGCACUGGGCGGCAACGCGACCGACUUGGCCGAACUCUCCGUCAGUCCCGAGAGCCUGCUGGCUCUUCCGGCCGACCUCCAGCAGAUUCUCCUCGACCAUGCCCACAGCAUGGCCCGCGAGGUCGGGCCCGAUCACUUCAAAAACAGAGAGAGAUAUCUCGCCGAAAUUCUUGGCACCUAUUGCACCAUGGCACUCCGCCAUGGCAUAAUGGACGACACCGACAGCGCUGAGCGCCGGGAGAAGAAUACGGAAAAGGUGUAG